CCAGCCCAGGAGGAGCCAAGGCAGCCGGCGCCUCUCCUGUCCUCCAGCCCCGGUCAUGCCCCUGCGGUCCCGGCACCCGCCCGCCUGAGCUGAGCCGCCGGCGCAUGUGACUGCGCGCCCGUCCCUGGCCCCUCCGCAGGCGCCCGGCCCCGGCGCGGCCUCCGAGUCCCCGCGGGUCCCCGGCCGGUCCCCCGCGCUGCCGCCCGCUGCCGGCCCCUUCGCCAUGCAGGCGCGGGCGCUGCUCCUGGCCGUGCUGGCUACGCUGGCGCAGGCCCGGGAGCCCGCGGCGGCGCCCUGCCCCGCGCGCUGCGACGUGUCCCGGUGCCCGAGCCCCCGCUGCCCCGGCGGCUACGUGCCCGACCUCUGCAACUGCUGCCUGGUGUGCGCCGCCAGCGAGGGCGAGCCGUGCGGCCGCCCCCUCGACGCGCCGUGCGGGGAGAGCCUGGAGUGCGCGCGCGGCGUGUGUCGCUGCCGCUGGACGCACGCCGUGUGUGGCACCGACGGGCACACCUACGCCAACGUGUGCGCGCUGCAGGCGGCCAGCCGGCGGGCGCUGCAGCUCUCCGGGUCGCCCGUGCGCCAGCUGCAGAAGGGGGCCUGCCCCUUGGGUCUCCACCAGCUGACCAGCCCGCGGUACAAGUUCAACUUCAUCGCCGACGUGGUGGAGCAGAUCGCCCCGGCCGUGGUGCACAUCGAGCUCUUCCUGAGACACCCGCUGUUCGGCCGCAACGUGCCCCUGUCCAGCGGCUCCGGCUUCCUCAUGUCCGAGGCCGGCCUGAUCGUCACCAACGCACACGUGGUGUCCAGCACCAACGCCGUCUCAGGCCGGCAGCAGCUCAAGGUGCAGCUGCAGAACGGCGACACCUACGAGGCCACCAUCAAAGACAUCGACAAGAAGUCGGACAUCGCCACCAUCAAGAUCCACCCCAAAAAAAAGCUCCCGGCGCUGCAGCUGGGCCACUCGGCAGACCUGCGUCCCGGCGAGUUCGUGGUGGCCAUCGGCAGCCCCUUCGCCCUGCAGAACACCGUGACCACGGGCAUCGUCAGCACGGCCCAGCGGGACGGCAAGGAGCUGGGCCUGCGGGACUCGGACAUGGACUAUAUCCAGACGGACGCCAUCAUCAACUACGGGAACUCCGGGGGACCCCUGGUGAACCUGGACGGUGAGGUCAUUGGCAUCAACACGCUCAAGGUCGCCGCUGGCAUCUCCUUCGCCAUCCCCUCGGACCGCAUCGCGCGCUUCCUCACCGAGUUCCAGGACAAGCACGUCAAAGACUGGAAGAAGCGCUUCAUCGGCAUUCGGAUGAGGACCAUCACUCCCAGUUUGGUGGAGGAGCUAAAGGCCAACAACCCGGACUUCCCGGAGGUCAGCCGCGGGAUCUAUGUGCAAGAGGUGGCUCCCAACUCCCCGUCUCAGAGAGGGGGCAUCCAGGAUGGCGACAUCAUCGUCAAGGUGAACGGGCGGCCCCUGGCGGACUCGAGCGAGCUGCAGGAGGCCGUGCUGACCGAGUCGCCCCUGCUGCUGGAGGUGCGGCGGGGCAACGACGACCUCCUGUUCAGCAUCGCCCCCGAGGUGGUCCUGUGAGGCGGCCGCCCCGUCGCGGCACCGGAGCCACUGCCUCGCGGGUCAGGACAGGACGAAGGACCGCGGUCGGUCCUCAGCACAGCCGGCACCGCUCCGGCCGUCCAGGGACAGAGCCAUGGGCUGGGCUGGGCCAGGGCCCGAACCCCAGCCUCAGGGGGGCUCCUCCUGCUCCUGGUGCUCACAGGGCAGCCACUGCCCCUCGGACAAGCGUCCCAGUCCUCGGUGUGAUUCCAAUGUCGGGCAGACGCCUUUAGCCCCCGGAGGCCCGCCCCCACCGCCCUGCCUCUGCACCUCGUACCUCUGUCUGAGCGGCCCCCGCUCCCCCCCACCGCCCUCCCCCACGCUCACCUCAGGGCUCGGCUCCCAAGCCCCCGGCCCCCACGUCGAGUAACCAGGACUGUCUGCCCCGCCAGCCUGGCGUCCCUUCAGGACGAGCCUGGCCUGGAGUGGGCACCGCAGGGACGUCCCCUGGCUGCCCGGUGAGCCCUGUGGCUGGCGUGAGGUCCCCUCCCCUGGCGGGAGAGAGGCUGGCAGGGGGAGCUGGAACCUCGGGGGGCGGGGGCGGUGCUGCAGGACCGAGCACUGAGCUGUCCUAUGGCGCUACGGACCCCGGAUCCCCCCAGAGCAGCAGGAGGCACGGCCCGUCAGCGGGAGCCGCAUCCCGGGACCUGUGAGCUUUGCUGUAGUCGCCCACGUUGCUUGCCUUGUGUUUCUCUACUGUAAGGAAUUAAAGUUUACAAGCACA